UAUUGAAGAAAACGAGUAUUUUCGAACUCUUUUGUGUUGAAAACAUCAUUUAUCGCAACAAUGGCCGACAUUGAAACCGGCAAAAUCGAAAACGACAAAGAAAAGAAUAGUAUUGAUGAAAUGACUGACGAUAGGUCAAAAUUGGAGGAUUCAACACUUCAAGCCACUGCUGCAGAAAUAAAGAAUGAUCAUGAUUUAGAAGUCGUCAAAGAAUGGACAAAUGAAAAUCCUUGUGGUGUAUUGUCAAAAUCUGAACAGAACAAAGACGGCACAGCAAGUGGAAGGGAACUCGAGCAAAUACAACCAAAUAGUGGCACUGAUCAAUUGUGCACUACAGGUGAAUCCAGUACUGAACUAGAAGACAUAAGAGAGGGACAAUCACAUAAUUCAGAAAUAGUAGAUAAAUCAGAGGGAAUCAUUACAGAAAAAUCAGAGGAGACCAGAAUCAAAAUUGUAGACAAAACUGAAGAACCUAGUACAGAAAUAAAGAACAAAAUCAAAGGACCUAGAACAGAAGCAAUGAACAAAGUCAAAGAGCCUAGCACAGAAAUAACUGAAAAAACUCAAGAACCUAGUACAGAAAUUAUGGACAAAAUGGAGGAGCCCAGCACAGAAAUAACUGACGAAACUAAAGGACCCAGUACAGAAACGAUAGACAAAUCUGAAGGGCCCAGUACAGGAACGAUAGACAAAUCUGAACGGCCCAGUACAGGAACGAUAGACAAAUCUGAAGGGCCAAGUACAGAAAUGAUAGACAAAUCUGAAGGGCCAAGUACAGAAACGAUAGACAAAUCUGAAGGGCCAAGUACAGAAACGAUAGACAAAUCUGAAGGGCCCAGUACAGGAACGAUAGACAAAUCUAAAGGGCCCAGUACAGAAACGAUAUGCCAAUCUGAAGGGCCCAGUACAGGAACGAUAGACAAAUCUGAAGGGCCCAGUACUGGAACAAUAGACAAAUCUGAAGGGCCCAGUACAGAAAUAACACAAACAGAAUAUAAUAAUGAAAUAACACAGAAAUCAAAGGAACAUCAAAAUAUUGUCGGAAUAAACGAAAUCAUUCCCCAAUCUGAGGUUACUGCUGUCGAACAAACACAAAUUACAAAAGAUGAAGUUCUGCCAGACCAGAAUCCAUGUAGUGUAGAAACUUCAGAGACAAAAUCUAAUGAAGAAAAAACCCCAGAUAAGUUCAACAAUUCAGAAAUAGAAAUGAUGGAUCAAUCUGAAUUAGGGCAUCAUACUUCUGAAGCUGAAGUCAUGAUGGUAUGUGAGAAUGAAAUAUCAAAGCCAUCUGAGAAUGACAGCAAUCAGGAGAAGUCUGACAAUGGUAAAGAGACAGUAGAUGUCAGUGAUCCACCCAUAGAUAAUGGAAACAAGGACAGUCAUUUGGUGUCAGAGACCUUUAAAAUGUCAUCAUCAGAUUCAUCUCUUGAUUCAAAAAAAGAGAAUUUUGAUGACACAAAAUAUGCAAAUGAAAUGGAUCGUAAAAGUGCUCUCAUUUCGUCUGGCACCAUCCAGCUUCCGAUGGAGGUGGACGAUGAAUCAAUACAGUCAGAAACUGCCAUGUUUGAUACGCCCGGACCAGCGACCCCAGCCUCUAGCAUAGUAGAUGCAGGCUCAGUGUCUGCAGGUCCUACACCAUCAAAAAGGUCUCGUCAGAACAGCACUGGCAGUGGUGCGAAUGUGGAGGCUGCUUCUGAGGAUCUAGAAAACCAUACAUUUCCUGCUUCAAGGGUGUUUGAGUACCAAUGGCCCAAAGAUUCCAGUGGAGAGUACUACAUGUUACAGGAACAGAUUAGUGAGUUCCUGGGCGUCAAGUCAUUCAAGAGAAAAUAUCCAGAGCUACAGAGGCGACCUGUGGAGAUGAAUGAGAGAAUGUUUCUACGAGAGAAAGGAGCAGUAACCGAGACUCAGUGUGAUCUUGGAUUAACAGCCAUUCGCAGUGACGAGGUGUAUGACCUGAUGCACAGAGACUACCCAGAUAAGUAUGCUGAAUACGCUGCUGUGCUACAUGAGCGAGAGAGACAGACCAUUAAGGAGAAACACAAAGACUACGAAGUGCCCAAGCUAGAAAAGAGUAAAAUGACAGAGUACAUUCAGAAAGCAAUGAAGUCUGCCUCAGAAUGGAACACGAGCUUCCUCCGGGAGAGGAAAGAGGAACGCAGAGCCUAUUUUGAUCUUCAGACUUUUAAUGUACACUAUCCAGCUGGUCGGUUUAAGGUGCUUCCCACAGAGUUGACAUCACCCACUCCAUACCCUGUUACACUGAUUCCGGGCCAGUACCAGGAUUACUACAAAAGUCAUUCAACAGAGGAGCUCAAGUACCUACCCCUCAACACUGCUCUGUUCAAUCCACCGAAACAGCUGGGUAACAGUCUGGCCAAUCCUCAGGAGGUCUUGUCUGAGGAUGCUUCAGAGGAGGAUGCGGAGGGGGGUGCUGGGUCAGACUCUGAGAGUGAUGAUGACAGCAGCAGUGGAGAGUCUGAUGACAGCAGUGAACAGGACAGUGGUCAAGUGGUCAGCGAUGUUGUGGUGAAAGGUGGAAAGACAGAAGAGGACCUCACGUGUCGUAUGUGUGAGAAACAAGGGGAGACAGAUGAAGAUAUGGUUCAAUGUUCAGAGUGUAAGAAGUUUGGGCACCCUACCUGUCUGGAUCUGACAGCAGAGAUGGUGACCGUUAUAAAAACAUAUCCGUGGCAGUGUAUGGAGUGUAAAACAUGUGUGGAGUGUAUGGACCCUUAUGAUGAGGACAAGAUGAUAUUCUGUGACCGCUGUGACCGAGGUUACCACACCUUCUGUGUUGGUUUGAGGUCCAUCCCCAAUGGCCAGUGGAAGUGUCGGAGUUGUAAGAGCCCAGACACUCCCCGCACACCAAAGUCAUCUUCCAAGCUAAGGGGCAGAGGACGGAAGAGAGGCAACAACACUCCAGCUAAGGAUGGAUGAUCUCUCCUCAAGGUCGCACUGUAUCUGUAACCGUGACACACACCAGUGUUCGCACCAUAUUGUACUUGAUCGUGAAACUGCUAAGCUAUCACACAAUGCACAAAGCCGUUUGCAAGAUUAAUGAAUCACAGCGAUAGAACUCACAAAUAUAGUUGUCAGAGGACAGUGAUAUUGUGAUAGGAAAUGACCAGUUUAUACUGAGCUCUCUAAGUGAAAGGUUUUAUUCCAGUACAUGUAGUUUUUGAUAGUGUAAAUGGUUUAUAAACCAUUUUGAUAAUUAUUGUUUUACAAGUGAUUUUCUCUACAAGUAAAUUAUAAAUGUUUAGAAAGAAUAGGUCACAAGAGAAUCUCACCUUAUUUAUAUGUAUUCAGUGCUUAAUGUUUAGAUUAUAUCUACAUAUAUUCAUAGGUAUAUAAAUGUUAAGUAUUUAUGUAAAAUUGCUCAUAAGGUAUCUGUAGGACUCAAGCAGUGCCUAACUUCAGCCAAGCUUCCACCAGUACAUAUAUUAAUGGACAACAUUUCUCUAAAUUUGAAUGUUGUAAUGAUCAUCAAAAUGCCCCCCCCCCCCCUUCUCAAAUCCCCCUAACCCCACCAGAAAACAUGAUUUUUUUUUUUUUUUUACAACAUAUGAAAGAUUGUCUGUGAAAAUAAAAUGCAAGGGAAAUACAAGGGAGAAUGAAAUCCAACGUCCGCUAGAGUUAUGUUUAGUGAAGGUCAGUGUCAA